UAAAAUAAACUACAGUCCCCAUAGUCUGUCUGUUCAGUCCUCAGUUUCCCAGCAUUCAAUGGAAAAAACAAGUGGGUGAAGAUGGCAGCAAAGCUGAACAGCCACACGCCUACUUUUGACUGUCCGUCCUGGGCAGGAAAGCCUCCCCCUGGACUUCACCUGGAUGUGGUGAAAGGAGACAAGCUAGUGGAGAAGCUGAUAAUUGAUGAAAAGAAGUGUUACCUGUUCGGGAGGAACCCAGAUGUGUGCGACUUCACAAUCGACCAUCAGUCCUGCUCACGCGUCCAUUCAGCUCUGGUUUACCACAAGCACCUGAAGAGAGUCUUCAUCAUAGACCUCAACAGCACACAUGGGACUUUUCUGGGACGAAUCCGUCUGGAACCACACAAGCCCCAACAGGUCCCAUUGGACUCCACCAUGUCAUUUGGGGCAUCUACAAGAGUCUACAUUCUUAGAGAAAAACCCCAGACCCAAGGCAGCGCCGCACCGGGAGAGCUGAAGGCAGGGGAGGAUGAAGAGCUGAAAGGCCUGCUGGGAUUGCCUGAAGAGGAGACUGAACUAGAUAACCUGACUGAGUUCAACACCGCCCACAACAAGCGCCUCUCAACCCUAACCAUCGAGGAGGGCAACCUCGACAUCCCCAGGCCCAAGAGACGGAGGAGGAGUUCUCAUGUGUCCUUCAGUGAUGAAGAGGAAGUCAUUAAUCCAGAGGAUAUUGAUCCCUCUGUUGGACGCUUCAGGAACAUGAUUCAGUCAGCAGUUGUCCCAAUAAAGAAAAAGAAGAUGGAAGAUCAUGGCUCACUGGGCCUGGAGGCUGCUGUACGUAGGAUGCAAAGCCUGCCAGUCAGUGGAGGUCUGUAUGGGGACCUUCCUCCCACCAGCCAUGAGGGAGCCACCCACCACCACCCUGUGGCCCAGGGGGCUGCAACCGUCCUGGGGGGUUUGCCUCUGCUGCUCCCUAACCUCGCUCCUGAGGUGGAUGUGACGCCCACCGCAGCAGAGCCACCCGUCACCUUGAACGGCACCCCAGCUCCAGGGCCGUACGCUGCAGAGCCUUUGAAUGAACCAUGCAAAAAGAAAUACGCCAAAGAGGCCUGGCCUGGGAAGAAGCCUGCCCCGUCGCUGCUCAUAUAGAAGACCUCAGGUGACACACAGCCUUCUUCUUCUGGCAGCCACAUUUCAAGUCCACACUGAGCCAUCUCCACAGUAUAAAGUGCUAAUUUCAUUUUCCACGUCAGUGAUCCACCGUAUUUUCUGCUAGCACUGGCUUGAUAACUAGCUUUCAACACAUUUUUGUCCAGUCUGAUUUAUAACCCAUAAGUUGCUUUUGUGCUCUUAGUUUGAAUCCAUUGAGCCAAAGUUUCAGCGUCCUGUCCUCGUCUAUCCGAGCACAAUAAAACCACAAAUGAAAAAGCAUUGGAUUUACCCAGUAGCUCAUCUUAAUGAGGGAGCAAAAAGCUUGCUGGAGCCUGUAGUGAUGUACAGCAAAUACCUUACUGUGCUGUAAAAGCAAAAAACAAAAAUAAAAAUAAUGAAGCAAAAUGUAAUACAGGCCAUAUGUUAGUCAAGCAUGGAAGCCCUUUAAAAAUCUGGAGGCCUUACCUGGUGGUGAUAAAUUACUGUGUCACAACAAUGAUAUCUGGAUCUGAUCUUGAGAAACGUCUCUCAUAAUCAGGAGAUAAUGUACAAUUGAAUACGAGACAGGAACUAGCAGCUGCCUCUCCAGAUUCUGUGCAACUUUUUUUUCUUUAAGGCUCGUGUCCGGGGUUUGAAUCGCAGCGUCUCCCAAAACACUGUUGGUCCCUCCCUCUGAUUUCGCCCCUUUAUUUGUGCACACGCAGUACCUGAGAGAAGUGCCCGGAGUGCUGCAGCAUCUCGCCUGUUUUGCUGUUUUCCACUCUUCUACAUUUAGUACAUUUAGUAAAUA